ACACUAGUCACCGCAUGCAUGUUUGUUCACAGGUGUCAGAUAUUGUCUGACUGCUCUUAUAAAAGGAGGCUUCCCCUUCAGUCCGACAUCAGUCUCCUCUAGGACCAAGCUGCUGACACAGACGUGAUCUCUCUUCGCCUGGUGAACGUGAAAAACUACGCUACAACUAUGGCUCGUAUGGAACAAACCAUCAACAACCUUGUGGAGAUGUUUAUGGAGUAUGCUAGUGAUGAUGGCGUUCUAAGCAAGGACGAGUUCAUGAAGCUCAUGGAGACAGAAAUUGAAGACCCCGAGAUGAAAGAAAAGCUCAAUGAAGCUGCCAUAAACAAGAUCUUGAAGAAGAAGGAUAGGAAGCACGACGGACAGCUCCACUUUGGAGAGUUCGUUAUGUGUGUGUCUUUCAUGAUCAAACGUCACUACAACAAAAAGGGAGGCAAGGGGCAAGAAGAUGAAGAUGAAACACCAGAAGCUACAUAAUGUGACUUUCAAUUGUUUUUCGAAGUAGUGUAACCUCAUUACUGGCUGAGAAUAAAUAAAAAUGAGUUUAAAUCAA